CGAUCGCAUUGCUGUCAUUGUAUUUGGAAUCGUAAGAACCACACACAAAAAUCAAUCGAAAAAGUUAAUUUUGUUUUGAUCAAAAUUUAAAAAAAUGGUUGUGUGGAGCUCAAAUUUCCGAUCGAUUGUCCAACCCAGUUUGGCAAACAUCCUAUCAAAACCAGGUGUUAUCCAGGCAAUUCGCAAAAAUGCUGGUGCUCAGGUGCGACAGAUGUCUGGCCAUGGACCACGUAUGAUGGAAAUUCAACCAUCCCGCUUUCAAUGGAAUAAAUUUAAGGAUAAUCUUCAUUUCUAUUCGUUGCUUGGUGCCAUACCAUGUACAUUGUUGAUUUUCUUUGUAAACAUUUUCAUUGGACCCGCCACAUUAACACCAAUACCAGAAGGCUAUCAACCAAAACACUGGGAAUACCACAGACAUCCAAUUAGCCGUUUUAUGGCACGUUAUAUAUAUCCAACGCCACAACAAGAAUAUGAAAAAACGUUACAUGGUUUGUACGUGGAAAAUGAGAAAAAACUGCUUCGAUUUUUAGAAGAAAAAGUGCAAAACCUACAACGAGAUCGCCGAGAUUACCAAGGUUAUUACUAUCGUCCAACCACCGCAAGAAAUUUACGUAUUUCAAAAGAUGCUGCAGAUUACUUGGAAUCACUUUGGGGAGACAACUAAAUCAUGUGCUAUUUACUAUUAAAGAUUUUACAAAUUUGAUUGUAGAAAGGGCACACUUGUUUUGUUUUGUCAUGUGGUUGCUCUUAGACAAAAAACCAUGGAGAAAUUGAAAAUAAAAAAUAUCAAAACAUAG